AAGAGGUUCUCCAAAACAAAAACACAUGACACGCUGGCCGGGUGUUUCUUGGCGAGAGAGUGAAAGAUCAACGGAACAUCAGGACACCAUUAUGAGGAGGAAGAGCUAACAACACACUCAUCACAUCACAUCUUGGAGUAUUUGAAGAAAUGCAGCUGUGUGGUGAGUGAUCAUCGACCACAACCAUCAACAGUGCAACAAGGAACCACAACCAUCAUCACUGCAACAAGGACCACAACCAUCAACCCCAACUCCUGACUGUGAUCGGAGCAAUCAUAGUUCUAUUGGAGUCCCUGCUUUAAGUGACUGCCAUUUAUUUUUCUAAUAUGCUUUUAUUAGUUAAUGUUUCCCUGGAAAAACAGUGACACAUGUUAUUGCUCUGUGGACUAUACUGGCUACAUAAAGAUGAACUGAACUCCUGACCUUUAACUCCAACCCUGACCACAUCAUGAACGCUGUCCUUCUGGCCGUGAAGUGGCUGUGCUUGGUCUGGGCCGUGACGUGGCCUGUAACCAUGGUGACAGGGAUCCGUAACCCAGGACAUUUACGACGGAGGCACAAAGACGUUUACUUGGGGGAGCACAGCAAGAACAAACACAGAGGGCGUAUAGACCAUAAACUGAUGCGGCAGGACAGCACCAAGUCUCUACUCAUUAAGACUGAACAGCUGCUGAGGAUCGAGGAGCACGACUUCGCUAUGAGACCUGGCUUUGGAGGUGCAGCCAUCCCUGUAGGCAUUGAUGUUCAGGUGGAGAGCAUCGACAGCAUUUCAGAGGUCAACAUGGACUUCACCAUGACUCUGUACCUGCGCCACUACUGGAAGGAUGAGCGGCUGGCGUUUCCAUCUCGUAGCAACGUGAGCAGGACAUUUGAUGGGCGUCUGGUGAAGAAGAUGUGGGUUCCUGACGUGUUCUUCGUCCACUCCAAGAGGUCCUUCAUCCAUGACACCACCAUGGAGAACAUCAUGAUCAGGGUCUAUCCUGACGGAAGCAUACUCUACAGCGUCAGGAUAACAGUGACUGCUCUCUGCUCAAUGGACUUCAGCAGCUUCCCUCUGGACACACAGAACUGUUCACUGGAACUAGAGAGCUAUGCGUAUAAUGAGAAUGAUCUGAUGUUGUAUUGGAAGAAUGGCAACGACUCUCUGAGGACAGAUGAGAUGGUUCUCUCUCAGUUCUUCAUCAAGAAGUUCCACCCUUCCAGUGGGCUCGCCUUCUACAGCAGCACAGAUUCGAUAUCGGCCGAUAGUUUUUUAUAUUUUCUGAGUCAAGAUUUGGCUUUUUCAAGAGACGCUUUCCCAUCACCUACCAUCUCUCUCUCUCUCGCUCUCUCUCUCUCGCUCUCUCUCUCUCUCUAUCUAGGUUGGUAUAACAGGUUGUAUAUAAACUUCAUCCUGAGGAGACAUAUCUUCUUCUUCAUGCUGCAGACAUAUUUCCCCACCAUGCUGAUGGUUCUGCUGUCCUGGGUCUCCUUCUGGAUUGACAGGAGGGCUGUGCCUGCACGUGUCUCCCUAGGUGUGUGUGUGUGUGUGUGUGUGUGUGUUUUCCAGGUGUCCUAUGUGAAGGCAGUGGACAUCUACCUGUGGACCAGCUUCCUGUUUGUGUUCCUGUCAGUGAUAGAAUAUGCUGCUGUCAACUACUGCUCUACGCUAGAGGAGAUGAGACGACUGAAGAGAGGAAAGCUCCCAACCUCGUACAACACCAGCAAAGCCAUGGCCUUCGACGGCUGUUUCCAUGACAGUGACAUUGAGCUGACCCCGUUCCCCCGUCUGCCAACCUCCAUGACCUCCAGCCAUCACAGAACUCCACUCCAGAACCCUGAGGACCCACCCAUCGAGGGGACACGUCUCCGCCGGCAACGGUCGGUGCAGGAGAACGUGGAUCUGCUACUUAGCAACAGCUACUUGAUCGACUCGUACUCCCGCAUGGCCUUCCCUCUGUCCUACCUCCUAUUCAAUACCAUCUACUGGAGUAUGUACUCCUCCUGAGGGACCCUACUAAGUAUAGUGCUGGGACCCUACUGACUAUAACUCCUUCCGAGGGACGGUCCUACUGAGUACUGGGACCCUACUGAGUAUGUACUCCUCCUGAGGGACCCUGCUAAGUAUAGGGACUUUACGGAGUAUUGACCACCUAAGGGAGGGACCUUACAUGGACUUCUCCUGUCGGAAUCUACUGAGGAUACUACUGGCACCCUAUGGAGUAUGGACUCCUACUCUGGGGAUGUGUAUAAUACUGGAACCCUACCAAAUUCUAAAGGGCACUUUUCUGUGUGUAAUCCAAUAAUAAUGUAUGUAGCCCUUAAUCUGCCCAGACUAAAACAAUAAAUGGUGGUCACUGCCAAUUAAGGAAUAUUAACAGAGGGGAACAUUUACUAUAGCUAAUUGUUGAGUGAUUUAUGAUUUUCAGUUAGUUUAAAUUCUGUGGUGAAUUAAUGGUGUAUCUUAUGUCCUUUAUCCAC